ACUCAAAAGAAGAAGAAGUAGUGACGUAAUUCCCCAGCGACUGGGACACACUCAAAACAUCAAUCUGUUUGAUAUUGCAGUAUUAUACGAGUAUUUCACCAGGAGCUUAACAUAAUGGCAUUGGAAACGGUCCCCAAAGACCUUCGCCAUCUGCGAGCCUGUCUUCUCUGUUCUUUAGUGAAGACCAUUGACCAGUUUGAAUAUGACGGCUGUGACAACUGUGAGUCAUACCUUCAGAUGAAAGGGAAUCGAGAGAUGGUUUAUGAAUGCACAAGUUCUUCAUUUGAUGGUGUGAUUGCCAUGAUGAGUCCUGAGGACAGCUGGGUAGCUAAAUGGCAGAGGAUAGGUAACUUCAAGCCAGGCGUAUAUGCAGUGUCAGUGACUGGCAGACUGCCUCCAGGUGUGGUGAGGGAGUUGAAAAGCAGAGGAGUGAUCUACAAAUCCAGAGACACAGCAGUGAAGACAUAACCCAGAUCAGCCACACCAGAGCCGCAUCAUACUGCAGCACCAGCUCCACUAAGAAGUAUUAACAGUGGGACUCAAUCUGAUAACGUCUGUGAUGUCUUAUGGAACUCCCCUUCACUGUUUUGUUUGUCCUUAUGAUUAUAAAUAUUAGCAUAUGUGCUUACAGGGGAGAAGAAGUGGGUAUUUUCUAUUUCUUUGAUUACUUGAGAAAAAAUAAAGGUUUGUUUUUAUACGAAA